AUGGCCUGCGGAGGUUGGGGAAGAGGGGUGCUCUCUGGCCGCCUGGCAGUGGGGCGGAAGCGGAAGCGCUCGGCCCGGAAGUCGGGGAGUGGGGGGCGGAGCAGGAAGGGAGCGUGGCGGACGCUCACAGGUGCAGGCAGCGCGGCGGCUCCGAGCGCUCGCGCGGCAGGAAUUUCCUAUAAAAUGGGAAUUUUUAUUGCAGUCCUUGGAAUUUGGUUCAGCUCUUCUCUAGUUAAAGCAGAUUCUAAAGCUGUGACAACAUCUCUGACUACAAAGUGGUACUCAACUCCUCUGUUACUUGAAGCUAGUGAAUUUUUAUCAGAAGAAAGUCAAGAGAAAUUCUGGAGUUUUGUUGAAACUAGUCAAGAUAUUAGAUCAUCAAGUCAUGGAGGGAAUAAUUAUUCUUCCUAUCAUGCAAUGCUGAAAAUAGCCAGCCAGAAUCUGUCACCUCUGCAGAAGAACUUACUGAAGUUUUCCUUGUCUCUGCGUUCUUAUUCUGCUACCGUCCAAGCUUUUCAACAGAUUGCAGCAGAUGAACCUCCACCAGAGGGUUGUAGCUCAUUUUUUGCUGUGCAUGGGGAGAAGACUUGUGAAUUUAACACUCUUGAAAACCUUUUACAGACAGCUUCAAAGAGGCCGAAGCCUUUUUUGUUCAAAGGCGAUCACAAGUACCCAGUAUCAAACUAUGAGAGUCCUACUGUCAUACUGUAUGCUGAGAUAGGAUCUGAGGAGUUUUCCAGAUUGCACAACUGGCUUGUAUCAAAAGCAAAGGCAGGAGAAAUAACUUAUGUCCUCAGACACUAUGUUGCUAAUCCAAGUAAAGAAAAAGUCUACCUCUCGGGUUAUGGCGUGGAGCUGGCUAUUAAAAGCACAGAAUAUAAGUCCAAGGACGAUACCCAGGUGAAAGGCACAGAUAUGAAUGCUACCGUGAUAGAUGAAAAUGACCCAAUUGAUGAAGUACAAGGAUUUCUUUUUGGAAAACUAAGGCAGUUGUAUCCUGAAUUGAAGGAAGAGCUAAAAGAGCUCCGAAAGCAUCUUGUUGAAAGUACCAAUGAAAUGGCACCUUUAAAAGUAUGGCAACUACAAGAUUUAAGUUUUCAAACUGCUGCCCGCAUCUUAGCUGCUCCGACUGUGGAUGCCUUGAUGGUUAUGAAAGAUCUUAGCCAGAACUUUCCUACAAAGGCCAGAGCGAUAACUAAGACAGCCGUUUCCUCAGAAAUCAGGACAGAAAUUGAAGAGAACCAAAAGUACUUCAAAGGAACAUUAGGAUUACAGCCUGGAGAUUCUGCCCUCUUCAUCAAUGGACUGCAUAUUGAUUUAGACACCCAGGAUAUAUUUAGUUUGAUUGAUGUGUUGCGCAAUGAAGCUCGUGUUAUGGAGGGACUACACAGAUUAGGAAUCGAGGGCCUUUCCUUGCACAAUGUUUUAAAGCUGAACAUUCAGCCCUCAGAUUCAGACUAUGCUGUGGAUAUCAGAAACCCAGCUAUUUCAUGGAUCAACAACCUUGAAGUUGAUAGCAGGUACAAUUCCUGGCCUUCCAGCGUGCAGGAACUGCUACGCCCCACCUUCCCGGGAGUGAUCAGGCAAAUCAGAAAAAACUUCCACAACUUUGUUCUUAUAGUGGAUCCUACCCAUGAGAGUACAGCAGAACUGCUGAAUGUGGCUGAGAUGUUCUUCAGUAAUCACAUCCCACUGAGGAUUGGUCUAGUUUUUGUGGUCAAUGACUCAGAAGAUAUUGAUGGACUACAGGAUGCUGGAGUUGCUCUUCUUAGGGCAUAUAAUUAUGUUGCACAAGAAUCAGAUAAUAAUUACGCUUUCCAGACUGUAAUAUCUAUGUAUAACAAAGUCAAAACGGGCGAUCAACUGAAGGUUGAACAUGUAGUUAGUGUUCUUGAGAAGCAAUAUCCUUAUGUGGAAGUGAACAGCAUUCUGGGAAUUGAUUCUGCUUAUGACCAAAAUAGGAAGGAAGGGAGAAGUUACUAUGAGCAGACAGGGGUGGGUCCUCUGCCCAUUGUGCUGUUCAAUGGAAUGCCUUUUCAAAAAGAGCAACUGGAUCCUGAUGACCUAGAAACUGUAACAAUGCACAAAAUCCUAGAAACCACUAGCUUCUUCCAGAGAGCUGUGUACCUGGUUGAAUUGUCCAAUGAUCAAGAUGUGGUUGACUAUAUCAUGAACCAACCUAAUGUUGUUCCAAGGAUCAAUUCGAGGAUCUUGACAUCUGACAGAGAGUACUUAGAUCUAACUGCAACUAAUAAUUUCUUUGUGGAUGAUUUUGCUAGAUUUACUGUCUUGGAUUCCAAAGAUAAGACAGCUGCUAUAGCCAAUAGCAUGACCUACUUAACAAAGAAAGGAAUGUCCUCCAAGGAGAUCUAUGAUGAUUCUUUUGUUAGACCAGUUACUUUUUGGAUCGUUGGAGAUUUUGAUAAAGCUUCUGGGAGACAAUUGUUGUAUGAUGCUAUCAAGCAUCAGAAAUCCAGCAAUAAUGUCCGAAUUAGCAUGAUUAAUAACCCCAGUGAAGAGCCAUCCAAUGAGAACACACUUAUCACCAGGGCUAUAUGGGCAGCUUUACAAACGCAAACAUCGAAUAAUGCCAAGAAUUUCGUUACUAAAAUGGCCAAAGAGGAAAUAGCAAAGGCAUUGGAGGCAGGAGCUGACAUUGCAGAAUUUGCUGUUGGGGGUAUGGAUAUAAAUAGUUUCAAAGAUGCCUUUGAAUCUCCCAAAGUAGAUUUUGUUCUGUCUCAUGCUGUGUACUGCAGAGAUGUUUUGAAGCUGAAGAAAGGACAGAGAGCAGUGAUCAGCAAUGGAAGGAUUAUUGGUCCCUUGGAAGAUGGUGAGAUGUUCAAUCAAGAUGACUUCCACCUCUUGGAGAAUAUUAUAUUAAAGACAUCAGGACAGAAAAUCAAAUCCCAUAUUCAGCAGUUGGGGGUAGAGGAGGAUCUGGCAAGCGAUUUGGUAAUGAAGGUUGAUGCCCUUCUGUCAGCUCAGCCAAAAGGAGAAGCAAGGAUCGAAUACCAUUUUUUUGAAGAGAGAUACAGUGCAGUUAAACUGAGACCAAAGGAAGGAGAGACAUACUUCGAUGUGGUGGCUAUCGUUGACCCUGUUACCAGAGAUGCUCAAAGGCUUGCUCCAUUACUUUUGGUUCUGAAUCAACUGAUAAAUAUGAAUCUAAGAGUUUUUAUGAACUGCCAGUCUAAACUUUCUGACAUGCCUCUGAAGAGCUUUUAUCGCUAUGUGUUGGAGCCUGAGAUUUCUUUCACAGCAGAUGACAACUUUGCUCCUGGUCCAAUUGCCAAAUUCCUAGAUAUGCCUCAGUCCCCGCUGUUUACUCUGAAUCUAAAUACCCCUGAGAGCUGGAUGGUGGAAUCUGUCAGAACUCCGUAUGACAUUGAUAACAUUUACUUGGAGGAGGUGGAUAAUAUAGUAGCUGCAGAAUAUGAAUUGGAGUAUUUGCUUCUGGAAGGACACUGUUAUGAUAUCACUACUGGACAGCCACCUCGAGGACUCCAGUUCACGUUGGGAACUUCAACCAAACCUGUUGUUGUUGAUACAAUUGUCAUGGCCAACUUAGGUUACUUUCAGCUCAAAGCCAAUCCUGGGGCCUGGGUCCUGAAGCUCAGGAAAGGGAGGUCUGAGGACAUCUAUAGAAUUUAUAGCCAUGAUGGUACGGAUUCUCCACCUGAUGCUAACGAAGUAAUUGUUGUUCUCAACAACUUCAAGAGCAAAAUUAUUAAAGUGAAGGUUCAGAAAAAACUAGACAUGAUGAAUGAAGAUUUACUAAGUGAUGGAACCAGCGAGAAUGAGUCUGGAUUUUGGGAAUCUCUUAAAUGGGGAUUCACAGGUGGGCAAAAGAAUGAAGAUGUGAGACAGGAGAAAGAUGAUGUGAUUAAUAUAUUUUCUGUGGCUUCAGGACACCUGUAUGAAAGAUUCCUCCGCAUAAUGAUGUUAUCCGUCUUGAAACAUACUAAGACUCCAGUAAAAUUCUGGUUCUUGAAGAACUACUUGUCACCUACAUUCAAGGAGUUCAUCCCAUACAUGGCAGAGAACUACAGUUUCCAGUAUGAACUUGUCCAGUAUAAAUGGCCACGAUGGCUUCAUCAGCAAACAGAGAAGCAGCGCAUUAUCUGGGGCUAUAAGAUCCUUUUUCUGGAUGUCCUGUUCCCACUGGCUGUAGAUAAAUUUUUGUUUGUGGAUGCAGAUCAGAUUGUGCGCACAGACCUCAAAGAGUUAAGAGAUUUCAAUUUGGAUGGAGCACCUUAUGGAUAUACUCCCUUCUGUGACAGCCGUAAAGAGAUGGAUGGCUACAGGUUCUGGAAGUCAGGAUACUGGGCAAGUCACUUGGCUGGAAGAAAAUACCACAUCAGUGCACUCUAUGUUGUGGAUCUGAAGAAGUUCAGGAAGAUUGCUGCUGGAGACCGGCUUAGAGGACAGUAUCAAGGUCUUAGUCAGGAUCCUAACAGCCUUUCCAACCUUGAUCAGGAUUUGCCCAACAACAUGAUCCAUCAAGUGCCAAUUAAAUCACUCCCACAAGAGUGGCUUUGGUGUGAAACAUGGUGUGAUGAUGCUUCAAAAAAGAGAGCAAAAACAAUUGAUCUGUGUAAUAACCCAAUGACCAAAGAGCCCAAGCUGCAGGCUGCGAUGCGUAUCGUCUCAGAGUGGCAGGACUAUGAUCUAGAAAUUAAACAGCUCUACAGUCGUUUCCAGGAAGAGAAAGAAAUUGGAACAAUUAAAACAACAGGCGAAACAAAACAUCAAAGCAAAGAAGAUCCAGCAGCACAUGUGGAAUUAUGAUCUAUGGGGAAACAUGAAGUUAGACUAUUUAAUAGACAAUUUUUAUAUCAAAUGCUAGUUUUUCCAGUAUGUCUGCAAAACUGCUGAAUAAUUGAAUGGGAUGAUGUGUGCAUUUUUAUCACUUGCUUUUGAGUUGAUUUCUGCAUAUGAAAUAGGAUCUGGAUUAUUGGAAUUAGUGUUACUGUUUUUGUACCUGUGGGCGAAUGAAAGAGCCUGCAGAGGAGUCCAGAAUUUCAGUUAACAAAACUCUGAAUAUCAUUGAAAAAGCAGCAGAUCUGUUCAUCUAGCUGUUGCCAUAAACACCACUAGUCGUCAUGAUUCUAUUAACCACAGAUAUCUUACUCAAGAGCGCAUGGAAAUUGCAUACCCAGGGAACAGCGGCACAGAGAGGAGUCCGUACCUCAAGGAAAGUUUUGAAAUGGAGCUUAUUUUUUCAGGUUAGGUUUAAGCCUGGAAUCAUGCCUUGAACUGGUCUUAUAUUGCACCUGCAGUUUUCAGAUUGAAUCAUCUUGUACAAGGCUCUGCUCAGAUUUGAUCAUUAUACCUUUCAUUCUGUAACAGAACAGCAGUUUUAUUAUUUUGAUUGAGAACAUGGCAUCUAUUUUCCUUGCUUUUGAAUGGUUGGCUUACUGCAAAGCAAUGCUAGCCAACCAUUUAAAUAUGUUGUCCCUUCCAAAUGUAUGUGCUUACAAAGUAAGCAAUACAUUGGAUCUGACUUCUAAAGUGAGAUUAUUUUUCUAAUUUGGCGGCCUCCUCCCCUCAGUUUAAUACAUGACCCUCUUAUUCCCUCCCCAACUUCUACAGUUGAAAAAAAUUUGUAAAGUUAGUAGGGCAUUGGUACUGGUGCAGUUCAUUGAUUUAUGAAUGUUUUUGUUUAUGAAAAUCUGUGGAAGCUUUUGAUCAUGUACAUUUUGUAACUUUAUUUUUCUUCAGACACGUAUGUCACAUCAAUAAAACCUUGGAGUUUGUAGGUGGUA